GAAAUAUUGAUCCAGGCUCUUAUUGCCACGUUGGUAUUACUGAGGCUGUGACUUAUCUCUGUACGAAAAAAUGUUAUGAUAAAAUAGAAUUGCUCAUUAAUAUUGAUGGGUUACCUCUCAGCAAAAGCUCUGGCAGUCAAAUAUACCCAAUUCUUUGUUCUCUAUAUGAUGAUCCAAGAGAAGUUGCAGUUAUUGGUGUAUACCAUGGUUAUGAGAAACCUUCGAAUGCUAAUGAUUUUCUGGGAGAAUUUGUCCAAGAUGCAGUGGAACUAUCUAAUAAUGGCAUUAAAGUGAAUGGUGCUUGCAUUCCCUUCAAAAUUAAAGCGUUCAUUGCUGAUGCUCCAGCCAAAUCGUUUAUUUCCUAUACCAAGGGUCACACAGGAUUUUUUUCGUGCACCAAAUGUGUGCAAAAAGGAGAAUUCAUUAGAAAUCGUACAUGUUUCCCCAAGAUAAAUUCUAAAAAAAGAACUGAUAAAGAUUUCAGACAAAAGAAUCAGAUACAACAUCAUACAGGAACUUCAGCCCUUGAAAAUAUACCUGAUUUCAACAUGGUAAGUGAUAUUCCCUUGGAGUAUAUGCAUUUAAUUUGUCUUGGUGUGAUGAAAAAGCUCAUUGUUAAUAUAUGGAUAUAUGGUAAACCUUCUUUCAAAUUAGGAUCAUCAGCAGUUGGGGAAAUAUCCAGUAUGCUGCUAUCUUUUCAAAAUCACACCCCCAUAGAAUUUGCUAGAAAACCUCGUUCGCUGGAUGAUGUUAAAAGAUGGAAAGCUACAGAAUUUCGUUUUUUUCUUUUAUAUUCUGGUCCAGUGGUUUUGGAAAAAUUUCUACCUCAAGCGCAGUAUCAAAAUUUUAUAUGCCUGCACAUCGCCAUCAGAAUAUUAUGUAAUGAAACACAUAUUGCUGAUAAGGAAUAUUUUGAACUGGCUGAAUCUCUUCUGACAUAUUUUGUUCAAGAUUUUGGGAAUAUUUAUGGUCAAGAAUUUAUAUCCCAUAACAUUCAUGGACUGGUUCAUAUUGUUGAUGAUGUAAAAAUGUUUGGUAAGCUGGAUCACUACAGUGCAUUCCCAUUUGAAAAUUUCAUGCAAGUUUUAAAAAACAUGGUCAGAAAACCUGAUAAGCCGCUUUCCCAAAUCAUGAAGAGAUUGUCUGAAAGGAUGAAAGUUCCAAAAACAAAAAACAUUGGAGUUUUAAAAUAUGAACGUCAUCAUAAUGAUGGUCCUACUCUAGAAGGAUACUCUACACAAUUUGAGUUGGUCAGAUUUGACUAUUUCACAAUUAAUAUAAAGAGGUCAGGUGAUACAUUUUGCUUACUGCAAGAUGGCAACAUUAUGAAAGUAUACAAUUUCAUAGCAAAGAAGGAACAAAUAUAUGUAUAUGGAAAAGUUUUUACAGAAACAAGUGAUAUUUUUUCUCGUCCAAAUAGUUCAUGUGACUCAUCUGACAUUGAUGUUUAUUUUGUGAGAAAGGAAAGCUCAUUAGAAACCAGGCUUUUGGAUAGUGUCUCAAAAAAAAUGGUAGCUUUUCCACAUAAUGAUGGAUAUAUUGUAUUCCCCUUUUUGCACGAUUGCUGAAAUAUAUCCAAAAAUAUUUUAUUUCAGAAUAAUUAGAAUUUUUAAGAUGUAAUUGCAAUGAAUUGAUUUCUAUUGAUUUAUUCAGAAAAAAUUAUAUUACUAGAUAUUUCAAAAUGAUUUUGUGAUACUUUCACCAUUUUUUAUAACUGUCGCUAUUUUUUUUAUCCAGGUUUUGAACCUAACUAAUAUUAAUGAAACUUGGAGUGAGAUGGUGCUCUUACUUAAGUGAUAUUAGACAUCGAAAUCAGUUUGGCUUUCGAAUUAGAAACAAAAAUGAAUUGUAUUUUAAACUGUAUUUUUCAUAAAUUUCAGUCACAAGUUACAAAGUUUUUUAUCAGGAUAUAAUUUUGUUAUCUAGUAGUUUUUGUUCACUUCAUUAUCAUGAAUGCUUGGAGAGUGGUCCAUUUUCUAAAGGAGGAUACAGUAGAAGCGGUACCAGUCUCCUGGUUGAGAGGCUCCAACCAAUGUCACUGGCCUCCCUUCAAUAGGCUGAAGCUCAAGACAGCGAUCAAUAAAUGUAUGCCACCUUCUUCAAACUGGGACGUACAUGAAACACGAGUAAUUGGGGAAAUAUAUGGAGAUUUAUCUGUUGCCCGAAUGAAGGCUCUAGAAGCGGAGAGUACCUCUGAUUUGAAUUCUGAUUCUGAUCUAUUAGGGUUGGGACAUAGAAAAAUCAGAAUGAAUAAAAAAUAUCAGGAUUCUGAAUCAUCAGAACAAGACAAAGAGGAUAGUCUAUCACCAGAAGCAUCUAAAAUUAUGAUGCCUACCCUCAAAAGAAGAGAGGAAAAAACAUCUGUUUCUAUAUCUGAUUUUGGUAUUUCUUCAGUGGCCCCUUCAGAUGAUGAUUUAGGAUUUGAGUCAUACGUAGGCUCUGAUAAUGCAGGUGAAGCAUCUAAAAUUGUGAUGUCUACCCUUAAAAGAAGGGAUAAAGAAAGCGCUGUGUACCCUUAUUCAGAUGAUGAUUUAGGGAUUGAGUCAAACGUCCCAGGAUUUGAUAAUGCAGGAAAUCCACUUAGAAUUGUCCCAGGAAAUCCAGACAGAAAUGAGGCAGAAUGUACAGCAACAGAGAUCGAAGGGAGCUACUACAAUAGACAGUAUUACUUGAAAGGUGAUUGCUUUAUUCGUUAUAGUGAGAAAUUUAAUUAUUUUUUUGCUUUGCAGAUGAGCAGUUUAAGCGGCAAGUACUGCGAAAUCUGUCCAUUUUAAAUUUUAAACUGGAUCAGUUGGCUGAUGAUAUAGGU